AAAUCCUUAAUAGAUUGUUUAUACUAAAAUGUCAAUGGAUCAGUUGAUGGCGUUAGUUCCCAUUGAAUCAGCAACGUCCUUGUCGACUACAACAUCCAAAGGUCGUCGCUCACGUUGGGAACGAAGCACUGUUGCGUGCCGUAGCUCCACACGUUUCGGUCCUAAGGAGGAAAAAGCUUAUAAUCCACCACCCUUUGUCGAUUUACCUCCUGGUUUAACACCACUUCAAUUAGACCAAUUCUUAAGAGAACAACGUUUGGAAGAGUUAUCUUCAAAGUUAGAAAAAAGAGAAUUGGAGUAUGGAGAUCCUGAUAUAAGACCUCCAAGUCCCCCACCCGCUUACGAUCGUAAUGGAACACGUAUGAAUAUGCGUGAAACUAGAGUAAAAAACGCAAUGCUUUCCGAGCAUCAAAGACUUAUCGAAUUUAUGACUAAAAAUGUUCCUGGUUUUAUACCGCCCACUGAUUUUAAACCUUUAAAGAAAAUACGUCGGAUUAUUAUACCACAAGAAAAAUAUCCUGAAUAUAAUUUCAUGGGUCUUAUUAUUGGACCCCGAGGCUGUAACCAUAAGCGACUCGAAUCUGAAAGUGGUGCACAGAUAUCCAUCCGUGGAAGGGGAACACAGAAAGAAGGGAAAAAAACAGAUCACCAAACAGAGGAAGAAGCAGCUAUGCCCCAACAUAUUCAUAUUGCUGCCGAUACAGAAGAAAGCUUAGAUAAAGCGGUAGCUUUAAUUGAACCACUUCUUAACCCAUUCCAUCCAGCUCAUGAAGAAUUUAAAAAAAAGGGGCUCGAGCAGUUAGCCUUAGUGAAUGGUGUCGCUUUAACGAAACUGGACUCACGUUGUACUGUUUGUGGGGCACUUGGCCAUCUAAAUUGGGAAUGCCCUGACGCUGAUUUUCAGUCGUUUCAAAAAGCUUGUGUGAAAUGUGGUUUAUGUGGAGACAAAGGUCAUGUAACGAUGGAUUGUAAAUUAGCUAAAGGUCUAACAAGUGAAGAACUAGCCGAAAUUGAGAAGAAGACUCAAGGAAUACAACAAGGAGGUCCUCAGCAUUUCGGUGGAGGUGGAGGGACCAUGAAAUCUGGAUCCAUACCUCCACCACCACCACCACCUCCCCCAUCUCAAAAUGGAGCUGAUCCACUCCAAUUAGAUCUCGAAUUCUCUCAAAUGAUGUCUGAAAUUAGUCGAGGGCGAGAAACGACGCAAGAAACUCCUUUAGACCCGAGUAGCUUAGUCCCAGAUCUGAACGCUAAUGGAAUGGCGAAUGGAAAAAAAGCAACAAAUCAAUAUCCAGGGUUUUUAUCAAACCAAACUGUUCAAGGUCUUCAAGGGCAAAUAUAUACACCCGAGUCAUUACAAGCUACUACUGCAAACUACACCAACGCAACUUAUAACAUGCAUUAUGCUUUAUCAGGAUUUGACCAAUAUUCCUACACUCAGGCGACAGGGGUUUCAAAUAAAAAAAAUGCUUCUAGCGUUCAUGAUGUAAAUGAGUCAAUCAAUUACAGUAAUGUGACGAAUUCGUCUAAUUAUAUGAUGCCAUGGGGAUAUCAAGAUCCUAGCUUGGUUUCUGAAGUUGUAGCGGACUCCACAGUGUAUAACAAAGGAAAUCAAAAUAAUUGUAAUUAUUAUAAUACGUGUGGAACUGGAAAUUAUCAGAUGGAUACGUGGACACAACAAAUGUCUCAAAUGUUUGAAUAUUACCCUAACAUGUAUUCUUACGCAGUACCAGAUCAACAGCAAAAUCAGCAAAGUCAACAAACGCAACAAAGCCAAGAAAUACAACAUAGUACAACAUUGCCAAGAAUUUCUGUAUCUGAAACAGCGCAAACACCUGGAUCUUUCGGAACGCAUCUUACUAAUCCUUCUCCCUUAUUUAAUAUGGCUUCGUCACUAGCGCCACCCUCCGUUGAGGCACCUGAAACAGUAUUACCUUGUCCUCCUCCAGCAGAAGAAUACCCUGAUGCAGGUGAAGAUCUGAUUCCGAAUGAACCCAAUGCUCCACCACCACCAUGAGAAGGG